UAAACGCCGGUUUAUUGGUAUUUUUUUGUAUAAAUUACUCAAAGAUUUGGCAAUUAUACUUCGAAACAAACAAAGAGUUUUGUAAGAAAAACGUAACAAAAAUGAAAUUGUUAGAACUAAGACCAGAUCGUUCUCUGCUGAAGUCCAACUUUGAUGGCUACAAGCUAUCGCUCGAACCAAUUCCAAUACUUCGCACUGAUCUGACUGAUUUGUCCCGGCCCGAUCAUGUACGACCAGGUGAGCAGCAGUAUUCAUGCUUGCAUGCACAACUUUUUGGGCUUCAGAAUCACCUAGUGCGGGACCCAUGGGCUGCGGGCAGCUGUUACUUCAUCGAUCAAUCGUGGAUUGUUCGUCGAAUUCAAUAUGAUGAAGCAAUUGGAAAAAUUAAACCAAUCAGUUCGGUUUUUAAGCUGGGUCGUACUCGAGGACCUCGUCAUGAUGGAGACUACAAUUGCUCGUUGGUGUUUUUGUCGGAGAAAUUUGCAUUGAUUGCGGAAGGCCAAGGAAGGUUACUGUUGGUAGAUACCGGUGACCGCCAAAGAGGAGAUGAAUGGAAAGGAAAAUUUUCUUUUCCAGAUGUUGAAGGACUUGACGGAGGAUUUGUUCUUCUAGACGGAAGAUUCGAAAUAAUUAGUGGAGUACGACAAAUUCACGCUGUUGUGGUUUGUAUCAAGCAAAAUGAAGGAGCUUUCGAAACCGUAAUCUACUGGUUGAAAGCAGUUCAGGCGGAUUCCAACCAAGACUGGAAAUAUCAUUCUCAUCGGGUUUUGAAAGGAAAAGGCUUUCCGAAUUAUUGCACUUUAGAAUAUAAAAGUGCUUCGUUAAUAUUGGUUAGUGAUAAACCAUUCAAAUUUGUUGUCGACACUGAGAGCCCGAUCGAAGAGGCUAUCGCAGUACCUGAAGUGAAAGAAGAACCGGUUUUGGAAAAUGAGAAAGUUCUUUUUGAAUGGACACAAACAAUGGAUGACAUCACCGUAAAAAUUCCUAAAGAAGAAGGUAUUAACUAUCGAAUAACAAAUGACGAUGGUAAAUUGAAGAUUUUUCGAAAUGAAGAACUAAUAAUUGAUGGAGAAGGUUUCUUUGCGCCCGUUGACUCGGAAUUGACAAGCUGGAGCAAUGAAUCUGCAGAGCUUCAAAUUUCCCUAUUUAAACAACAAUCAGGUGUGAUGUGGCCUUUCCUAUUCCCUGGAAGUACAGAGGAAUCUCGUGAUGUUCCGGACGACGAAAUGCCUCCUGUGUCCAAUCUUGCUUCUCAGCUGGAAGAUUGUGAUUUUGGAGACUCUGGCCAGGAUGUAGAAUAUUCAAUUGAAAGGUUGAGUGCUGUUGGUCACGAAACUACUCACAAAAUCUUUCUCGGUAGCAAUGCCCCCUUAUUCUCGGUAUGUCUAAGACCAGGAUUUCCUGCAGCACUUGCUAUGCGACACGAUGUAGAUGCGUGCCUGUGGUUGCAACAAUCAGCAGCAGAUUGGUCCUUAAGGCAUGAAGGCACACUGCAUGCUUUUGGUUACGUUCAAGCUUCGAAACAGCAGAGAAAAUUUUUGAUGUGUUCGCCUGAUUUAGAGUAUGCAGUGAUCUGCGAGGCCGAGCGUCAUGUUUUCAUCUACAAAGCGAGCUAUGGUUCAGCCAGCGGGUUGCGGAACCGGAAUGGACCACAGGUCACAAUCGGACAGCAAAAACUUGUUACUUUGGAGGGAUGUGGAGAAAUUCUGGGUCUAAGCUGUGAGAACGAUUAUACUAUAUUAUUGACCGAAACUAAAAUUCUAGUGUUACAGUUGCGAAUUGAAGAGUAAAUAUAAGGCCUUUAUGACUGUUCAACAAA